AUGAAUCCCGCAAACUUCCCCAAUGUCGCUGGGGGCUUGAACGGCGCCACGAAGCCGCAUGGCCAAAUGCAAGUUCCCCCCAAGGGCGAUAAUGGCCAGUAUAUUCUCGCAAAUAUUGCCCAAGCUCUACAGGCCCAGGGACCUUUCACUGGUUGGAGAGCCGGCCUCACAGUGAGAGAUCGCACUCUCAAAGUCCAUCACAUGAUCACUUCCCUCCGCCUAAUACAGCCUCAAAUAAAUCUACAGAACGCAGCCCAGGCUGCCAUGAAUUUCGAACAGAAAGCCUUUAAAGAAUCCAGGGAUAAGACCGAGUACGAAAGGGAAUUUAGCGAGAAACUUGUCCAUAUUCGAGAUACGCGUGCCCGACAGGCCGCUGUCAUGCAGGGAGGCAUGAUGCAGCAACAACAACAACAACAGCAAGGUCCUGGUUCGGGCAUGCAAGGCGUAGGACAGUCUCCAUUCCCUCAGCAGAUGACUCGACCGGUACAGGCAUCCCCAAUGCUGGGUCCCCAGCAAAUGCAGAUGGACAUGAACGACCCGAAUCAACAGGCCGCAAUGCAGCAUCGCCAACAGCAGCAACAGCAGCAACAGCAACAACAGCAACAACAGCAACAGCAGCAACAGCAGCAACAGCAACAACAGCAACAACAGCAGCAGCAGCAGCAGCAGCAGCAGCAACAACAACAACAACAACAACAACAACAACAACCUCCUCCAGCAAUGCUUCAGCAACAACGCACACAACGGCCUGGUGGUAGUGCCGGCCUCUCCGAUGAGCUUAACACUCUUUCACCCCAGGAAUACGAGAACGUUUGCCGAAUUGCAGCUCAAAUCCUUCAAAAAACCUCUCAGGAAGAUAUGAAUAAGAUUAAAGUGAAUUUGCAAAAUAUGAGCAACGAACAAAAACUUUAUUUGUCGAAGAAGGGCAUGGACCCAAUCACAUACUUUUUCCGUUGUCAGGCCUUGAACCAACUUCGCAGGUUCAAACGUUCACGCAUGGAGAUGGCCCGUAAUGGACAGAACAAUGGGGUUGACCCCAACAAUGGAAUGAUUGGGGGGGAUCCUAUGAUGAAUCCUCAACAACGUCAAAUGUUCCAGAACAUGGUAAAUCUUCAACGAAAUCCUCAGUUCUCUAUGGGCAACCAGCAAAACAUCGAUCCUUCCUCAUUUAUCGGCAAUGUGGAGAAUAUUCAAGGUCAGCAAGCAGACGGCCUCCGCUCUCAGGAAGCAGGUCAACUUGUGGUCCCAGCUAGCUCUUCCCAGAUGAACCAACCGCCUUUCAACACACCUCAGAAUAUGUUCCAAGUCGGGCAACAGCUUGGUCAAGGUGGUCAAGUGAACAUGAAUGGCGCGGGCAUUAGCCCCCAAUUUCUUGCGCAGCAGCAUCUACCCGGCGCUCAAAGUGGUCCACAAGAUAGAGCUCAACAGGCAGCUCAAUUUCAAUCCCAAUCCCAGGCUCAGACCCAGGCCCAACGAGUACAAGCUGCACAGAAAGCCCAAAUGGCUAUUUCUCAGGUUGGCCAAGCUAAUACCCACAUGCAGCAGCAGAUGGCUCAGCAAAGUCCAGCGAUGCCCAUGUUGAAUCGUCCGAUGGCCGCCCCCGGUCAGAUGUCCCCUGCACAGGUUGCUGCCCAGAUCCAACCUCAAUCUAGACCACCAGGAAUGGGGCAACAGCAGGGCAACGUCCAAUCCCUGGGAGCUCAACAGGGGAUGCCAAACCGGCCGGCGAUCCCCCCAAAUCUUCCUGCCCAUGUCCAAGAACAACUGGCGCAAAUGUCAAAUGAGCAGCUCACAGCGUUUUUGAUGAACCAGCGUCGUAUACUUGCAAAUAACCAGGCUAUGGCAAGAGCAAAUGCUGCCGCUCAACAACCUAUGAGUAUGCAGCAAACCAUGUCACAGUCUGCUCAGGGCCAACAAAUGGUCAACAGCCAGCUGGGUAACGCUCAAAAUCUGCGAGCAUCCCUAGGUUUACAGCAGCAACUUGCAGCCAUGGGCCAAGCACAGCAAACUAAUCAGAUGAUGCCGGGACAGCAGAUGUCUGUUCAACAGCGCCAACAAACCCCGCAACAACGCCAACAAGACCUCUAUAAGCUGCAAUUCCUUCGUCAGCAAGCUAAUAGUGGGGCGAUGGAAAUGACUCCGGAUCAAAUUAGAGAGAUGGACCGCAUGCCUUUCCCGGCGGCAAUUCUGAAUACCAACCCUAACGCAGCAUCAUUUCCAAAAAAUAUCAAAACCUGGGGCCAAUUGAAGCAAAUCGCAGCCACGAACCCCCAGCUUCUUAGUGGUAUGGAUAUUUCGAAAUUGAUGACCUUGCAAAAGUUUCAUCUUGCCCAGCUCCUUGCUCAUGGUAAGGAAAAUCCGAAUAGGGCCGCAGAGCAGAAUAAUGGUCAAGCUCCUUGGAUGCCUAUGUCUUUUCAGGGCCAACAACAGCCCUUCAUGAACCCCCAGCAAUUCCAGGCAGGCCAGCAGCAGCCCCAAAUAAGCAUGCAACAUAUAAGACCCGUUACGGCACAGGAUAUCGCAGUAGCUCGCCAACGUUUGGGCCCCCAGGUGCAAAACCUUACUGACGAGCAGAUUCGUGAAGCACUUGGACAAAGACGAAUGCAAGCAUCCCAGGCCCGUGCGGCCCAAGCUCUCCUGAAUCAGCAGAACCAACUGUCACAGCCACCUCAGCAAACUCCAGUUUCUGUUGCGCCCUCUGCACCGCUGGUUAAAUCCGAACCCCAACCUCAACAGCAAGUACCUCAGCAGAACCAACAAAACCAAGCCGCAAAACCCACGGCUGCAACACCGGCAAAGACAGCCAAAGUGGCUGCAAAGGCGGUGCCUGCGCCAAAAAGAAAAGCGCCGAAUGAAGAACUCGCACCCCCUCGGACUUCACCCCUGCAAAAAUCCGGGCCGCCAGCUACGCCUCAACAGGCACCGUCCCGGCCACAAAUACCAUUCACUCGGGAGCAACUGGCAGCAAUGACGCCUCAGCAACGUGCGCAAGUUGAGGCGCAUCUUCGUCGACAACAGGGCCAAGCGCGUGGGACGAUCAACAGGGCCGCUGCGGAAGAGGCUUGGAACAAUUUACCCGAAAAGAUUCGACAGUUACAUAACGAGAUUUCUAAGAACGCCCCUCCUGAUCAGCCCAUUGCUGUGACUCCCGAACAGAGAGCUACUAUGAACCAGCAGCUCCGUGACUGUACAGACUAUCUGGGUAGAAUGGACGCACUAGUUCAAUUUAUCUCUAAGAUCCCCGGCCAAGAGAAGAACGUUCGAAACCUUCUUGGGAUGCGAAUCCAAUUGAUGCGCCAGUUUAAGCCCGGACCUGAUUGGAUGCUCAAUGAUCAAAUCACCAUUACUCCGGAUUCUCUUACGGGAACUACGAACUAUAUCAAGAAAUUGUUCCAUCACAUGAUUGCCCGUGUGAACCAGCAGCAGAAUCAGUCUUCUGGUCAACGCCCUGGUGUUGCGCAGGGGACCAAUGUACAACAACCCAACCAAAACACACCGGCGCUGAACGCAAGCAAUUUGCAACAGCUCCAGCAACAGGAAGAGGCUCUUCAGCGGGCACGUAGGGCUUCGAGCCAAACUGCCUCGGGGGCUUCUAAUCUUCCGCAGGCGCCGUUUGGGGCCCCGUCUCCCCAAGGUGUUCCGCAUGCUUACGGACCUGGAAGUAUACCCCCUCAAGAGUUGAAACUUCCGCCUCCAAAGAAGAGAAAGCAAUCUCACCCAGGUACCACGCCGGUUAUGGGAAUUUCCGUUACCAAACCCCAAAUGAACAAGCAAGUCGCUACCGAGCCGAAGCCCAUUUCUGGUGCUUUCAAGUGUUCUAUCCCUGAAUGUCAGAACCACUAUCAGGGCUUCGCUACCCAGAAUGAGCUUGAUAAACAUGUGGAGGAGAAUCACAAAGCGGAGGAACCCAUCGAUGACCCCCUGCAGUUUGCUCUCCAGAGUUUUGGAAAGCUCAUAAAGGAUGAGGACAAAGAGGAUGUUCAGGCAUUGAACAAGACAUCGAUCCUCUCGUCGCCUAUUAAACAUGAGGUCAAGAUUGAGGGAACCACCCCUGCUACGGGCGCAACCCCAAUGGGACGAAUCUCAAGCCAGUUUGGACUAAAACCUGUUUCGCCAGCGCCGAGUCAGCAGCUCACCCCUGUCGUGUCUUCAGGUAAACCUCCCGGCUCCUCAUCACUCAACCCUACCGCGAGCCGGGAUGGGAAGAAAGAACCAAGGAAACCCGGUGACCAGGGCCCUACUUCGUUGGAUACGGCAGCAAACGAUCCCUGGGCAGAUAGCGCGAUAUCCUUGGAAGCGAUUCGCGACACAUUCAUGGACAUGGGCGACGAGGGUGGUUUGGGCUUUGGUGCGAUGGAUGAAUUCCUCAAUGCGGAGAUGUUUACUGGGACCCAGGAUACUCCAGACUCUGUUGAGACUGGCCUAGUUACGCAAACCCCCAAGGAUAAUGAAUUGUCGAAGAAUGAAGACUUGAACGACAAAAAUGCAAGCAUAACGGAAAGUUCUUGGAUUCCGGUGGAAUGGUUUAAUUUACCGGGUCGAUUUGAGGACGGUUUAUUGAUGAAUGAGUCCUGUGAGGACAUCGACUGGGACACGGUUGACCGCAGGGACGCGACUAUGAGUGUCGACGACAGUGGCAUUGCUAUUUACGCCAUGUAA